UCCGCUCCGCUCCGCUCCGCGCGCCACCGCACCGCACCCCACCGCACCGCACCGCUCCGCUCCGCUCCGCUCCGCACCAUGAGCGUGGGGUUCAUCGGCGCCGGGCAGCUCGCCUUCGCCCUGGCCAGGGGCUUCACGGCAGCAGGGGUCCUGGCCGCGCACAAGAUCACGGCGAGCUCCCCGGACACCGACCUGCCUACCGUGAGCGGUCUGCGGAAGAUCGGCGUGAACUUCACGGUGAGCAACAAGGACACAGUGAAGAGCAGCGACGUCCUCUUCCUGGCCGUGAAGCCCCCCAUCAUCCCCUUCAUCCUGGAGGAAGUGGGCCCUGACAUCGAGGCCCGGCACAUCGUGGUGUCCUGCGCGGCCGGCGUCACCAUCAGCUCCAUCGAGAAGAAACUCUCUACCUUCUGCCCUACACCAAAAGUGAUCAGGUGCAUGACCAACACCCCUGUGAUUGUCCGAGAAGGUGCUACGGUCUAUGCCACUGGGACUCAUGCGGAUGUGGAGGAUGGGAAGCUCUUGGAACAACUGAUGGCCAGUGUGGGCUUCUGCACCGAGGUGGAAGAGGACCUGAUAGAUGCUGUAACAGGGCUCAGUGGCAGUGGCCCUGCAUAUGCAUUCACUGCCCUGGAUGCUCUGGCGGAUGGGGGAGUGAAAAUGGGACUUCCCCGCAGGCUGGCUGUUCGUCUUGGAGCACAGGCUUUGCUGGGUGCUGCCAAAAUGCUGUUAGAAUCUGAGCAGCAUCCCGGUCAGCUGAAGGACAACGUCUGCUCGCCCGGGGGAGCCACCAUCCACGCCCUGCACUUCCUGGAGAGUGGUGGUUUUCGCUCGCUCCUUAUCAAUGCUGUGGAGGCUUCCUGCAUCCGGACAAGGGAGCUGCAGCAUUUGGCAGACCAAGAGAAGAUCUCGCCAGCAGCCAUAAAGAAGACUUUGUUGGAUAAGGUGAAGCUGGAAUCUCCUUCUCUGUCCGUGGCAUCUGCCAGCAAAGUCAGUCUGUUCACCCAUAAGAGCCCCAGCAGCAAGAGGAACUGACCAGACUGCUGUAGUCUAGCUGUGCUGAACAUCAGUCUCCUCCAUGCCCUUUCAUUUUUGUCUAAGGAAAAACGCUCACGCUGAAUGUUGGUGUCCCCCCAUACCUGGCUCUUGGCUUGCAGCAGCUGUGUGGCAGUGCAACGCUGUACCAGAGGGCCUUUAGCCUGUAGUGGUCUUGGUGCAAACUGUCCCUGGCAUUGCUGUUCUCUGUUGGGCAGGGGUGAUACAAUCAGCAAACCUUCAUCCAGAAGCCUUGAAUACUUCUAGGAUGCAGGCUGUGUUCCUGGUGUCCCAUGCAGAAAUGGUUUCUAUUAGGGUUUUUAAAGAGGUUUCAGAAUGUCUUUUGGUUUCAAAGGUUUGAACUAGGCCUGGAUCCCUCUUGCCCCGUGUUGCAUCUGCUGUCAGUGCUUGUGUCUUGUUGCUGUCUUUAUUAGCUAGAGCAGGUGCUGCCACACAAAUGCAGUGCUGCGCACUACAUUAGAGUCUGGGCCCUAAAGCACCUCUCAGAAGGGACCAAAGUGCCUCUGCCCCAUCUCCCAUCUGCCUUGACUUUGAGAGACAGAUGGUGUGAACCUCUAGUACCACACUCCGUUUCUCUUUGACAGCCGCCCUUUCUCUGCUCUGUCUGGUUUGGGGAACUGUGAACCGCUCUCACUGUCCCUUCUUUGCUGCUAGCCUUGGUUGGGCAGGUGGAGAGGUAGUGUGUGCUCCCGUUUCACUCUUUCUCUGACACCUCUUCAUGCUCUCCAUGGGCAGAAUCUGCUCCCACACACCCAUGGGCAUGUUUCAGCAUCACUGUACUCCCUGAUGCUGUCCUUGCUCUUUGCCUUGCCCCUGGGGCAGCUGGGAGCAGAGCUGAAGUCGACGACAACCUCCUCCAGAGAAAGCUGCUUUCUGUACUGUUCCCUUAGACUGAAGCAGGGGUUUGUACCCGGGUGCUGAGCUACUGCGUGUCAGCAGGACUCUUCCUCAGCACCUUUCCUUGAAUCAGGCUGUACCUCCUUGGACUUGUGGAUGCCCGUUGACAGUGGCUGCUCUGCUUCAGCUUGUGCAGUCCAGCUGUGUUGUGGACUGCCUGUCCCUUCCAGAGGGGACUUCUCCCAGCAGAGCCCCUGGACUGGUGAAAUCCAGCACAGCAUCCUUCAGUGUCACCUUAUGUUGGCUCAGUCAUGUGUCUGGUAUUUUCUAGACCGUUUCUUUUUUUCUUCCUGUUUCUCUGAAGGUGUUGCACUGCUAAUGGCUAGGAAGGGAAAACACCUAGAAGAAAGUUCAGGGCUGCUUCAUGCAGUUGUACUCCUAGUUCUUUAGAAUACAAAACUAAAGGGAAGCAGAGUCAUCUGGUCUGGCUUACGGCUCAGAUCUUGUCCCACCUCACCUAGUUUGUUCUGCAUGAGAGACAGGAGGAAAGCCAGUCCUUGCUUGAAACAAGAGGUUCACGGAGGACUUAAGAAUGCCUGAUGCCUGUCCAACAACAAGGACUUGCUUGGUGAAAUACAUCCAGAUGACUACGCCUCUGCAGAGGAGGAAGACCCUUGCUGUUUUGGUCUGGAGAAUUACCCAUGUCUGACUCAAAUUUAUGAGCAAGAAACAGCGGCAAACUAUGGGGUCUGGGAGCAGUGGUCCUUUCUGCCCCUGAAACUCCAGUAUUUGUGAGGGAAGGAAUCUGGGCUGGGUUGUGGUAGCAGCAAGCAGAGAGGGUGGCCCUGCUUGACCCUGCUGGCUGGCACAGCCCGGAGCGCCCGGCCAGGCGUGAGCAGCACUGUGCUGUGUCGAGGGCCACACAGCACCUCGCUCUGCUGGGGAAAGGGGUGAUGAGGGUUGCAGGCUCAGAGGGGACCAACACUGCGAUCAGACAGAAGGCAGGUUAUUGCCUGUCAUCUAGAAGGGCAGCUGACUGGUCCUUCAGGCAGUCUUGGGAGCCAGUGUCAGAACAGCAAAGAGAAGAUGGCAUCUAUUGCUUUCUGUGAUUUCUUUAUAGCCAAUGUCCCCACGUGGCUUCCUUACCUCUCUACUAUUCUCCCAGAGCCCGAGCCCUGUCCCAAGCCAGAAAACUGCACAAAGCGUGCAAGCUGCCCCUACCACUUUUACUGGGCUGCAGUAGGAAUAGCAGGCUGGAGGGGAUGGAAUGGGUUUGGGUGGAUAACUGUUGUACUGUAUUCUACCUUGGCGUAUACUGGGGGAGCACUGGGAAAAGGAGGACAUUUAAGAUGGGCUUAUUGUCUCCUGAGGAAUCUUGGACAUGCAGGUGAUGCAGGAAAAGCAUUUCUGUAUCGAUGCAGAGGCUGCCAAAGGUGCUAGUAAUGUUAAAGCGUUCUUAGUGUUUAGGCUUUUGGCUGGUAGCAGGGUAUGACCCUAUAGGCAUGACAGACGGUUACGCCUCUUCCCUCUUUGCAUAAUAAACUGCUUCUGUGACAGAGCUAUGGCUAA